CUGCAAAAUACUUACCGCGGUGCGCGCCUGCGCGGGCAGCCAAAGGGUUUUGGCAACUUCCUGUACACAGGUUUUUUUAGCUCUCGCUGCCGACUUCAGUCCUCUGCUCAACAAUGGUGCUAGGGUUCUAGAGGAGCCCGGUUCUUCUUUCGUGCAAUCCAGUUCUGCCUCUAUCCUUCUUUCCUCCUGCGAUUGCUCUUCCUAAUUUUAAGCUCCAAAUGGAGGAUUUCCCCGGCGGCGGCGGCGGCGACGACUUCGGCGACCUAUACGCAGAUGUUGAACUUCAAGCAGCUUCCGCCAUUAAUUCCAGGACUAGCUCCGCCAAAUUCCACUUCCCGUUGGAGCAACAGACUGUGAUCCAGGUAGAUGGUACGGUCAGUAACAGCAAAGCUGGCAACGCGAGACUCAUUUCAGAAGGGGGAAACGUCUCUUCCUGUCCCAAUCUGUCGAAAUUGAUUACUCUGUUAUUCGUUUCCUUAUCCUGGUUCUACUAUGCAGCAAAGUGACUCGGGAACUGUACCGUUGCGUUCUUUUCAAUCAACGAGAAUGGAUCUAGAGUACAGCGAGUUCUUGCAAGGCAAUGUGGCAGAUGUUAACCAAGUGUCUAAUGUUUAUGCUGCUGCCAAUUCAGUUGUAUCCCAUGGUGGAUAUGGUUUCUCACUUCCACUGUAUAGGACCAUUUAUGAUGUAAAUACUGACACGUUUGGAGGGAAAAGAUGGGGGUAUCAGGGAGCUAAUAUGUCUGUUUUACCCAAAUUUGGUAUCAAUGAAGACUGUUGGAGACAAUACUGUAUGAGUGUGCCAAAAGGUCGAGCAAUUGAGGUGGAAGAUAGUGGUGGUGAACGUUUUCCCACCAUGAAUCAGAAGUAUCCAGAGAAUUGGGAUUCUGAUGUGGUUAUUCAGAUCAAGGUGCAGGAAUUUGAUGAAAAUUCAAGUGCAUUUAGCAAGGGGGACUUAAGCAGUAAAAGUAGCGGUGUUAAAGGGUUAAAAACCUGCAAGAGAAGUGCUGAUGUUGUGGCGGAAGCCUGCCAUUCUAGUGGGGCUAGUGGAGAUCGAGUGUCUUUGGGAUCUCCAUCUCCAGAAGGAACUAGGUCGUCCAAGUCAUUGUUGGAAAUGAGUGAAUCGUCUCAUCAUCUUGAUAACUGUGAGAGAGACCAUAUCCCUGAUUCCGAUGAGCAUCACCCUCGCAGAACUCGAGCUAGAACAUCAGAUCUUGCUGAAGCCGUUGAAAGUGAGAGAGAUUCAAAGGAUGAGUCUGGAAGGAGGUCGAGUCAGUCAGAUCGGCAUCAGAGUGAUAGUGACUCACUGAUCGAUGAUAGAAGUCACUUUAGCUUGGCUCUAUCUUGCUCUGAAAGUGAUUCUGAAGAUAGUUGUCAUGGUGUAUCUAGGUGUUCAUCUUUGGGAACCGAGUUACAUGAUACCGUUUCAUCUGGCCACUGUAAAAGUAAUGACACAGGACAAACAGAUAGUGACCGAAGACACAUUACAGAUGGCAGCCUCUUAAAUGGGACAUGGAGGAGUGAAAACAGAAGAGACCAAAGAGUAAAAAAUGAGUGUGAUUUAGACUUCCCCAAAAGGAAUGAUUCCUCUUACUCCAGAUUCAGAGAAACUUUUCCUGGAGAUGGCGGUCAAAGGUGGGGUGCUAGCUAUGCUGAAGCUGAUUAUAGAGAAUAUCCUCAGAGUAAGCGCCAUCGGAGUCUUGAAGGUGAGACUUAUAUCCGGGACAGAGCAAAUUGUAAUCAAAGUGCACGUCGUCAGGAUAGAAGGAUAAGUGAGAAAUUACAACGGAAACAUAGGUAUGGCUCAUUGUAUGAGGAAUAUGGAAGGUGCAGUCCAUUUUCAGGGAGGGAAAUCAAUGUAUGUGAAAGAGGGCUUAGACAUGGUGACAAGGCUAGACUGGAUUCGGAUCGUCUAUGGAAUGAAGAAAAACUGGAAAGAGAUUAUUGGAAUGACUAUCACCAGGAUGGGAACAACAGGAAUCAAGACCCAAGCUUCAGGUCUCACACAAGAUCUUAUGCAACCAAUCACAGUAGAUGGCAAAAUGGUAAUAUUUCUAAAAGGUAUGAUUCUUUUGACUCAAAGGUGAUGGCGACUUAUUCUAGGCCGAGGAAGGAACUAUAUGAUUCUGGUACCUAUGGUGGUCUCUUUGGCAGUGAAGAGAAUUUGGACAGUGGUUUUGAUGAUCAACAUGAACUUGCAGAGACUAAAAUUGUUUGGAGAUCGAGACUUCAUCAAGCAGAGGAAUCUAAGUCAAGGCAUGGAGGUGUUCAAUCCUACCCUGAUAGGUUUUCUUGUUAUGGAAAAGCUCUCAGACAUGAAAAUAUAAGUGGGUAUGAGAUAUUAAGAGAAAGACAUUCAGACAACUUAGUCGAAAGCAAUCUCACAUAUAAAUGUGACCGUGAGAAGAUGGUUGGGAUGUACGUUAAUGGUCCAGUUGGCUUGGUUUCCCAGAAAGAGAAGGUAAACAUGGGGAAAUUUAGGUCUAGAUGUUUGAUGUCUGUUCCGUGUAUUAAUGCUCUGCUUUUUUUCUCGUCCCAUGCCAUAUAAUGUCUUUGUUGUCUUACAUGCUGCUGCAUCUCGUACUUUCCGCAUCCAUUUUCGAAGUUGUUAUGGCAAUUGGCAACACGCUUCUUUUGUAUUGGAUUUCAAUAGGAGUCUGCGUGGUUUUGGUGAGGUCCAGAGUCGGACUGAAACAGCAUAAGUUGAUCUGAAACUGCAUCCAGUCUGAUUAGUCCUUCUGGUCUCUUCUUUCUUAGGUUUUAAGAGGGUCUAUGGAAUCAAAACCGAACAGAAUUAUGUUUAGUCUGGUUUGAUUCGAUCCAAACAUUGAUUUGGUUCAGUGAACCGAUUCAUUGCACACCCCUUGCUUUCAAUGCCAUUACUGAACAUGCACUAGUCCAGUCUAACCGUUACGCUGUGUUCUUUAUCAUCUCUAUGAUGUUCAAAGGGGAAUGAAUGUUUUGAAGGCCAGGUAAAAUAAUUAGUUUCUUGUCUUUACCUAGCUUAUUGUUCAUGACAAGGGAGAACCUUAUAGCUCUUUAUAUCUUGACAACCCUAAGUUCAUUGUAGUAGUUUGAAAUCUAUCUGCAGAAACUUAAAACCUCGGUCAUAAUGUUUCCCACUGACAAUAUUCUAUGCAGCUAUCUGGCAGACAGCCUACCACAGGGAGGCAAAUUCCCAAAAGUAACCCAAAGAAGAAAAACCAGAAGCGUUUGAAUGCAUCUCUUUCUGGAAAAGCAAACAUAAGGCAAGAGAAGCCACAAACUCAAGGCAACAAUGAUGUUAUGAAACGGCUUGGGGCUAUGUUCCAAGGAAAGGAGCAGAAGAACGACUCAGAUAUCGAAGAGGGCGAGAUUAUAACCGGAGAACCCAAUGCGAAGAAGGUUAAAGCACCUCAAAGCGAGAAGGCUGAUUCUUGUAAUACCGUUACUACCAAGGCAGUGUACGAUGAACAAUGGAUACUCGAGAGGUUGGCCAAGAUGGAGAAACGAAGGGAGCGUUUCAAGGUGCCUGUCUUAGUUCCAGAGAAGGUAAGUACUACCGAUCUUAAUCCGCCUUCUUGUUCUCAACCUCGAGUUGUUCCGUCGGUUAGUACAAGCCAGACUAAGCUCGAACGACCAGCCAGAAAGAGGCGCUGGGCCGGGAUUUAAGUCUUCAGUUGGUCAAGCAUUAUUUCAUUGUUGUAUGGUCCUCUGAAAGGGGAACAGUUUUGUCACAAAGAAACAUACAGUUUUACGUGCAGGAAGUUCGCAUGCUAAAAUUUCUGUUCUUCGUUUCCCGGAAUAUGACUACUUGACUAGCUAGUUUGAUCAUUUGAUCGUUUCUGUGUGGGGACUGGUUACGGUGCUAAUUGUACAAGAGUUAGCACCGUCCUAACCAAGGGUUAGUAGUGAUUU